AUGGCGUUUCUAUUGCCAACCACAAUGAACAAAAUCUCUCCUGUGCACCUAGCUCCAAUUUUCAAGAUGGACAGAAUAAUUGAGGGCAAUUGGGGAGCCCAUGUUUUAAAUUUCAUCAUCAAGGGCAUAACUAAUUACACUUUGAAAAAGAAAAAGUCAAUCGAUGGCUGCCUAUUUGCCUUGAUGAUAGUCUAUUUCCAAUUAUCAAAAAACAAAGAAAAGAAAGGAGAACAAAGAGCUGCACAACCCUGGAUUGCCAACUGGAAUAAAGAGCAGUUGGUUGAAAGGAUGAGAGCAGAAAUGGAUGGACAUAUGCUGAAGUCUAUUCUUCCUCUGAGUCUGAGACUGAACAAGACUCAGAAGAACCAAAAAGAAAACAACCCACCCGAACAGCCAAAAAUUUCCAGGAAGAAGGGAGCUAACCUGCCAUCGACAGAAGGUCACUAUGACUCAUCUGAAACAAUACCGGAGGUAAACUUAGGAAGUAAUGAUCCUUUGUCUCAAGCACACACAGAUCAAAGCAGCAUAAACAAACCAGAGGAUAGCAUGUUGAGUCUAGUAGAAGAAUCAGUAAAUGACCCAGCUGAAGAGAACAUGAUCGUUGUGCGAGAAGAGACACCGUCACAAACUGAAGCGCUUUCAAUAGUUCCAAUUCAAGUUUAUCUACCUCUGUCCCAGACAACCCUUGUGCCGCAAAUUGAACCAACCCCUGUGCCAGAAAAUGAACCAACCCCUGCAAAGUCUCCAAGUGAAAAAAUUAAUGAAGAAACUACAAAAAGUACUCCAGAACCACCCCUAAAACCUGAAGAAAGCACACCCACACUUCCACCAGCUCCAUCUAAAAUUAAUCUAGCCCCAGAAGAUGUUGCUACACUGAUGAUGAUGGCACGGACAGCAUCAUAUAUUCCUAAAGAAGGUCCAAUGUCAUCAUUUAGCCUUGGCUUGACUGAUUCAAGCCAAGAAGAAGCAGCAACGCAAGAGGGGUUAAGGGCAAAAACUCCUGAAACGCCAAACCUAAUAGAACAAUUAGGGGACCUGGUGAAAAAAAUAGCAAGCAGUGUGGUGAGAACAGAAGGUAAGGGUCCACAGAUUCAAAAGCAGAGUGGCGAACAAAGUUUUAAAAAGUUUGAAACUCCUGUGAGGACCAACGAGAUGUUGGCUGAAAUGAAAGAGAAAUGCUACAUUUGGGUGACACGUGUUAAAACAUACGCAAAUUGAGGCACUAACGAGUAUGACGCUGUCUGCACACUCAAUGCCUAAGAUCGAUACAUUUUGUCAAAAGUCCACUUCGUAUCUCUCAAAGC